AUAUAUUUCUUAAUACUUAUUUUUAGAAUUUAUAGUUAACCCAAAAAAAGAAAAAGAAAACUUAUUCCUCUCUAAACCAAACAUACAUUUGGAUUGAGAAAUUAAAUCAAAACUCUAGGAAAACUUUCAUACUUGUGAUAAUAAAGAAAAAUGCGAGAAGGAGAGAGUUGAAGUUUGUUGAAAUGCUCUGUUUCUUGGUGUUCCACUUUGGAUGUUAAUUACUAAGUAAUUUCCGCACUAACAAUCGCUGGGGCUUUAUCCUUUUCCUUUCCUCUGAUGCUUAUGAAAUUUCACGAAACCACAUGUGUAACUGCACCAAACCGGAAGUCCUCCUUCAGUCCGUAUCUGCACCCUGCAUUGACCUGCAAAGCCCCGAGGUGGAUCCUCGGGGAUGAGGUGGAGGAGGUGGAGAAGCUGGUGAGGGAGGAAGGAGACGUGGUGGACAUCCUAUACCUCACCAGUCCGCAAGCAAUAGAGGCUGCUGAGCUCUAUGGACCAAGCUCAUUGAGCGAAGCUGAGAUGGACGAGUUUACAAAUGCUGCUGGGGGACUGCGCAUCCCAAAGAAGCCAAGGAAGAAGUUAACGACUUCAGUUGCGGCGAAUAGAGGGGUGCCCGAGAGAGAGCGCCUGCCCAGCACUUCUGCCCGGGCUGUGGGGGUGCAGCCAAGGCCGGAGCCUGUGAUGGGGGGUAGCGAGGAUGUAAAAAUCAAUCUUGAAGACAGGGAGAGGGAGGAGGCCGUGGUACGAGGUCUUGGCCGAGGCAAAGGGCCCUUUCCUCAACCUUCAUUCCAGAAGAGUUUAUUCGAAGCAACAAACACGACUGGGGCGAAGCACUUCCUCAACGCUACUCUUCCUGAGGGGGAUAGGAUGCAGGCGAAGGACGAGGUGAUUAGUCAUAUGGGAUAUACCGUUGUGAGGCACGCCCUAGAGAGUGCGAGCUGGACAAACGCUCUAGCGCAGGAGUAUGCAGAGAGCGUGAGAGAUCGUGCCAGCUUGCAAAGGCAGUGCGAUGACCGAGCUCCAGAACGAGAUGAUGUCCUGAGCACGAAGCUUGUCCUCGAAGAACGUAAGAGGAAGAUCUGUGAGGAGAAGCUCGAGGCUCAGGACAAAUACAUGGACAACAUGAGGAAAGGAGCAGCGGAGCUGAAGAAGAACGUGAACCUGCUGGUUCACAACGGGAUGGAGGAGCACAUUGGCAACUUCCUCAACUCCAGCACCUUCGAGGACAUCCUCAAACUCUACCGGCUGCCAACCGCAAUCGUGGCCUUCACCGACUGUAGAAAGAAGGUGAAGGCCCAGUACCCAGAGGUGGACGUGACAACAAUUACCUUUGGGGAACAAAAAGAAGGGGUGGAGGAAGAUGGGGAGAGCCUCUGUGUUGACUUCCGACCUCAGAUCACGCUGAGGUGGGAGCGUGAUGCAGAGGGGCGCACCAUUUUUCCUCCAGCCUUUGACUCUGAGUUGGUGGCCGUGGAGGGAGAAGAAGAAGAAGAAGAAGAAGAAGAAGGAGAAGCGCAAGGCACCGGAGUUGAGGAUCAGGUAGCUCUAGCCGAAGUGCAGCCUCUUGAGGUGCAUCCAGUCUCGUCUGACGAAGUGCAGGCGCUGGCCCCUCUUGAAGCAGAAGUGCCACCCCUACCUGCUGGAGACGAGCCACCUCCACUGCCUCCUCCUGCUGAGGAGCAGCCUCCUCCCUUAGCAGAUUAGCCUAGGAUUUUUUGUUUUGUUUUUGGUAGUUGUGUUUGUAAGUGAUGACAAUUUUGUAAGUGACUUCUACAAAUUUAUGAAAAUUUUUUAAGUUAUUUGUGAGUUGCACAUUUUAAUAUUUGUUUGCUGUUUUUUGUUUCGAGCAAAUCACUUCGGGUAAAACGAGUUGACUUCAUCCAACGCAAGGAUCUGACUUCGGUCAUCAUAAAAUGAACAGUCAAGGGAAUU